CUGUGCGCGUGUGCCUCUGUAAACACUUUAAGGCAGCGGAUUUUAGCUGCUAUCGGGCGUAGAGUAUGUAACAGCGCAUCUGAGAAUUUAUGUUUCUGUGUUUGCGUCGCUGCCAGUCAGCAGCUGGCAGCCUUAGAGCGCAAUGUUAUAAUCCUCCGCUGUACGAAGCUCCCUGCGUGUAGUCAUUGAGUUUGUGUAAGAUUUUUAUAUUACGGCUGCAUGCGUGCUGGAACGUAUGGAGGGAUGUCGCGAUGAUGGUUUGCUCUAGGAGAACUAAAGCCUUGGUGUCGACAUGCGUUAUUUUGAGUGGCAUGACCAACAUCGUCUGUCUUCUCUACGUCGGUUGGAUCACUAAUUAUGUGGCCAACGUGAACAGCAAAGUCCCAGAGCCCGAAACCGAAAGAAAGUUUCAAGAAGACAAGGGAGAAACUCUGAAGAUUAUAGAGAGACUGGACCGACUCGAAAAUGUUGUUAACCAACAUAUCCAAGAGGUGCCCCAGAAGGAUAUUGGAGAUAAAGCAGAGGAGUCCCUCUCCGACUCCUCCCUGUUUGCCCGCUGGGGUCAUGAACUUGGUCCUGAGAGUCGUCGGGUGGCCUUGAAGAAGUUCCAGUACUAUGGCUACAAUGGUUACCUUAGUGACCGCCUCUCUCUGAGUAGAUCCAUCCCGGACCACAGACCUGAUGGGUGCCGGAACAUGUCAUACCCCAACAAUUUGCCCCAAAUUAGUAUCAUCUUCAUCUUUGUGAACGAGGCCUUGUCGGUCAUACUGCGCUCCAUCCACACAGCCAUGAACAGAACCCCCUCCCACCUCCUCAAGGAGAUCAUCUUGGUCGAUGACAACAGUGAUAGCGCUGAACUGAAGGAGAAUCUUCAGAACUUUGUGAAGGAAACCAAUUCCCAGCGGCCAGACUUCAUCAAGGUGGUCCGCCAUGAAAAGCAGGAAGGGCUGAUUCGCUCCCGGGUCAGUGGGUGGAGGGCAGCCAGUGCCCCCGUGGUCGCCCUGUUUGAUGCCCAUGUGGAGUUUAACAUCGGAUGGGCCGAGCCAAUUCUGCUCAGAAUAAUGGAGGACAGAACCCGCAUUGUUUCGCCUUCGUUUGACAACAUCAAGUAUGACACUUUUGAGAUCGAGGAAUAUCCUCUGUCCGCUCAGGGCUUCGACUGGGAGCUGUGGUGUCGCUACCUGAACCCGCCUAAAUCAUGGUGGACCCAGCACAACAACAUCGCCCCUAUCAGGAGCCCAGCUCUAAUUGGCUGUUUCGUGGUGGACAGGAAGUUCUUUGAGGAGAUUGGCCUAUUGGAUGAGGGAAUGGAGGUCUAUGGUGGAGAGAAUGUGGAGCUUGGCAUCAGGGUGUGGCAGUGUGGUGGGAGCGUGGAGGUUCUUCCCUGUUCCCGGAUUGCGCACAUUGAGCGCGCUCACAAGCCGUACACUCAAGAUCUGACGGCUCACGUACGACGGAAUGCACUCCGGGUAGCAGAGGUGUGGAUGGACGAAUACAAGAACCAUGUUUACAUGGCCUGGAACAUUCCCCUGCAGACGUCAGGGAUUGACAUAGGGGACCUGACGGAGAGGAAGGCUUUGAGGAACAGGCUGAAAUGCAAAUCUUUCAGCUGGUUCUUGGCCAAUAUCUACUCAGAGAUGAGAACCUACAGUGACACCGUUGCCUAUGGAGUGCUGAAGAACACACUGAGGAAUGACCUGUGUCUAGACCAGGGCCCUGACACAGACAACAUCCCUAUUCUGUACAUCUGUCAUGGAAUGACACCACAGAACGUGUAUUACACAAACACACAGCAGCUACACCUGGGGGUCCUGAGUCCCACCAUCGACGACGACGACAACAAGUGCCUGGUGGACGUGAACGGUCGUCCGCGGCUCCUCGAGUGCAGCUACGCCACGGCCAAGCGCAUGAAGCUCGUCUGGCAGUUUACUCAGGGGGGCUCCAUAGAGAACAGGAAGUCAAAACGUUGCCUGGAGCUGGCCGAGAGCAGCAACACAGAGUUUGGCUAUCAGCUGACAUUACAGAAGUGCUCUGGUCAGAAAUGGACCAUCACCAACUUACUGUCAACCUACGCUCUCCAAUGAGUCACAAGUCACGCAGAGCAAAGAGCUGCCCAUGGUGUAGGCUGACCUGAAGCUGAAGACAUGGAAUCUCUGCUCCUUUAAAAAUAUCUAUUUAUUGAAGAAGGCAAUAAUUGAAUAAAAGUAUGCUGACACUUUAAGCACCUUGAUGUCUCUGAGACUCAAAAAAAAAAAAUCUGAUAAAUGUUAAACAUUUCUUGGGUUAAUAUACAUGAUUGAAUUGGCAGGCUAUGACGAGGCAGUUGUUUGGAAUGAGGCUGAACAUUUUCAGUGUAUUUGGAGAUUGUCUUUUGUCAUGCUGAAAUCAGUAUGACUUUGGCUUAAUAAUACAUUGUCAUUUCUGCUACUGUGUAGCACAGUUUACUUUUUUAUGUGAUUGUUGUUUUGUGUGUCUCAGGUACGUAGAUGGACUUUUUAAAAUUAAAACAGGCAUUUGGUGUGAGGAACUGCUGCCAAUAUGAUGGGAAAAUAUACAUGCUAUUGUUUAAGUGUAUUGGAUAUUUAUACAAAUCUUCAGUAAACAUUCUGAUG